AGUAGGGUGCUACCAACUUAUAACUUUUAGUUUUUAAUUUAUAAACUAUUUUUUAAAAGUUAAUCCAAACACCUCUAAAUUUAUAUUUUUAGAAUAUAAUUAAUAAAAUUAAUUUAAUAAAAAAAAUUCUAAUAGAUAUUUUUUUAAAGAAAAAUGUCAAGUAAGUAAAAUAAAAUAAAGGGAGUAAUAGAGUAUCUUAACAACCCACCCCUUGUAUAUAAAGGCCCUCGCACUUGUUGACUUCUUGCUAUAUACAUACACAGUUAUAUUAUGGAAAUCAAUUCAUCAGUAGUUGAUAUGAAAAGGUUGAUAAAAGAGUUGAAUUGUGGUCAGAAAUUCACGAAUGAGCUAAGAGAGUUGAUGAAGAAACAUAAUAUUAUGUUGGCUGAGGAUUUGUUGGGGAAAAUUAUGACUUCUUUCUCUAAGUCACUCUCACUGUUGUACUCCAGUGCUGAGUUACAUCAAUUUUCUCAAGUUCCGAUGGUGGCCUUCUCGUAUUGUUCAGAAGAAUCAACUGAUAGCUGCAAGCCUUCAUCACUAAAAGAUCAAGAAAGAUACAACAAGAGAAGAAAAACUUCAGCUACAACCAUAAAAGAAGCCUCGACUUUAGUAGAUGAUGGCCAUGUUUGGAGAAAAUAUGGUCAGAAAGAAAUACUCAAUUUCCCACAUCCAAGGAACUAUUAUAGAUGUACCCAUAAAUUUGAUCAAGGAUGCGAAGCAACUAAACAAGUGCAAAGAAUCCAAGAAAAUCCACCAAAGUUUCGUACCACAUACCAAGGUCAUCACUCGUGCACAACUUAUCCUUCGAUUUCUCAAAUACUCUUUGAUUCUUCAACAAAUGAGGAUUGUUCGGUGUUACUAAGUUUCAACACCAAUAAAAUUAAUUAUCACCAACCAUAUAUUCACUCAUUUCAUUCAACAAAACAAGAAACUAAAGGGGAGAUCUCUUCAAAUUGUUUUUCCCCUAAUGUUGGCCAAAGUCAAUCCGAUGAUCAUCUGAUUAGAGCAGCAUUGUCACCAGGGUCGUCCGAUCAUGAUGUCAACUACUCUUCUUGUACUACUAAUUGUAGUUUGGAGAUGGAGAUGAAGAUAGAUAUGAUGGUGGACUCUGUUGAUUUUGAGGAUUUAAUUCCUUUUGAUUUUUGAUUAUUGACUUUUCUAAAAAAAAUAAAAAAAAUCUUAUCUAUUCAAUUAUUUAAAUAUUAUAUUGACAGAAUUUAUAGCAAGAUGUUAUAUAUAGAGUAAAUUUUCAUUUUAUCCCCUUAA